AUGGAUAGUGAAAUAUCAAAUCUUUUGCAUAACAAUACUACUUCUCAUGGUAGAACUGAUGUAACCAUAAAGCAUAGUCUAGAUCAUGGUAGGCUAGAUGUGAUAAUGAACAGUAUUAAAGAUGCUGUGUAUAACUUCAAGCAUACUUUUAAUACCUCUGAUCAUGAUAGAAAAAUUGAUGUUUAUAUUUUUAACAACCUGAAUGAUUAUCAAGGGUAUUUAAAAAAUAUGGGAAGAGCAAUAGAUAAUGGUGUUGUUAGUUAUACAGCAAUGAAUAACUUCGACGCUAAUAAUCAUGCUGAUGUAGGUGGUAAUGGUGCUGAUGUAUAUGUCUACCUUAAUUCUGAGGGAAAUGUGAAUCAAGACACACUAGAGCGUGAAAUUGGGCAUGCAAUGCAAUUAACUAAUCUUGGUUUAAGCUAUAUUUUGCCUACAGCAGUGCGUGAAGGUAUGGCAAGCUAUAUUGCUGGAUUAGAAAAUGGCAAUCAUAUAAACGAUCAUAAAGAUAUUAAUACUCUUUCCAAAAUAAAAAGCAAAAAUCUGAAGGCAGAUGAAAUACUACAUGAUGGCUAUUAUGGGCAAAAUUGUUAUUCAGAAAUAGAGCAG